UGCAUUUUAUAAUCUUGAUAUAUAUAUAAUUAAUUAUUUAUAUAUAUUUGCACUUCUUCUUUGGUUGCCGUGUUCUCUCUCAGUGUUUGUUCUUCUUCUCCGCCUCCUUUGUUUUUCUGUCCCUGUGCCUCAGUUUUUGAACCCAUCCAUUGUGUUGCAAUGGUUUUCUUGGAUUUACCAAGGAGGAGAAGCCAUUGUUAUUGUUGAUUAAACCACUACAAAUGAACCAACCUAGAAAAUUUUUUGUUUUAGUUUUAACCAACAUAGUAAUUAAUAUCUUCUUCUUCCUCCAAUAUCAUCAUCUCCAAAUUGUUUGCUUUUGCUGAUUAUAAUGAUGAGAUAUCAGAGAGUAAGCCCAGAUUGUCUUCCCUUGAGUAAUGGCAAAAAACCCAACAAUGAAAAUGGCAGAUCGAUAUCAAAUGGAUUAACUACUACUAGUUUUGAAACUAAAGGUUUUAGAUUCAGAUCCCCGUCUAGAACCCAAGAUCACCACAACCACCACCAGCAUCACCUUCAUAACGGCGGUUCAAGCCCUCCGCACUCUGACAACAACAAAAACCAGACACAGAAAAAUGAUGCUAGUCCCAGCCCUAGCCCAAGCCGUGGUGGAACCACCUGUAGUGGCGAUGUGUUAUUGCAAUGGGGACAAAAAAAGAGGUCAAGAGCGUCGAGGUCGGAGAUCCGAUCACUUGCCGACGAGUCAUCGUCUUCUAUUCAAGCAAGGCAACCUAUUAGCAAACUCGCUGGAAGAACAGAUAGUAAACUCUCCAGUACGCCUACUAUGCCGCCUCCGCCGCCUCCACCACCGCCACAACAGUACAAUAAUAGUAGAUGUGGCAAUCUUAGGAAAGAAAGCUCUGCGUUUGGCUCCCAGAGGAAUUUAGAAAAGAGAUCUGCUGCUGCAAAUGGGUCCCCAUCGAGAAAUAGUGGUAGCAGUAACCGGGCUGUUUCUAGAUCUAUGGCCGGAAAGCGAUCUCCUCCAACCCCAGAUAAAAGUGAUAGGAAGAUAACUGCUAGCUCUAGACCAGCAAAAGAUGAGAAACCUAAUGGAUCACAAGCUGAUCACACAAAUCGUGCUGAUUCGACCCCAACACAAUCAGAACAAGAAGCUGUUGUUAAUAACACUGCCUCAACAACAACUGCUGGAGAAAAGUUGAAUGCUGAAGUUAUUGAAUGGCCAAGAAUUUAUAUUGCUUUGUCAAGAAAAGAAAAAGAAGAUGAUUUCUUUGCAAUGAAAGGCACAAAACUGCCUCAAAGACCAAAGAAAAGAGCCAAGAACAUUGAUAAGACACUUCAGAUGAUAACGAAGAUGCUGUGCGUUGUGUGUUUUUGGCAGUAUUGUUUUCCCGGGAUGUGGCUAUCUGAUUUGACAAAGAGUAGGUAUGAGGUUAGAGAGAAGAAAUGCGUGAAAAAGCAGCAAAAGAGAAGGGGAUUAAAGGGAAUGGAGAGCAUGGACAGUGAAUCCGAAUAGUAAUCCUCAAUUCUAAUCAUGACAAGAAGAGAAAAAGAAGACCCCUUCUUGAGUCUUCUUCCAAGCUGCUGCUGCGAAAUUGCAUAAUGGGUAGGCUCCACAUCCACUCUUGGUGAAAUUUUUCUUCUUGCCCUGCUGUUGAUUAUAUGUCACGAGAGAUACAGAUGAGUUGAGAAUCAAGUUUUGAAAAUGUUGAUUGGCGGGUCAUAUGUCACUGUCCGGCACUUAUGGAUAGAUUGGAAGGAGACAGGUGUAAGUCACAAGAACAAAUGAUGUUUCCACAGUUAGAGAGGCUCAACAGACCAUUGGUUGGGACAGUUCAGCAAACUUACUCACUUGUACACUGCAACCUGCCAGAGGGCGUUUUGGUCAAUUUUUGUGUUAAAAAAAUUCCUUGGUUCAAUUUAUGCCAUUUUCCUGUGCAAAGCCUCUUUUUGCAGUUUUAUUACCAUCUUUAGUGGCAAAGUUGUUUUUAUUUUA